UUAGUAUCCUGGGAAGAGUUGCCAAGGCUAAAACCCCAUGUAAAUGUGACCACACUAAUAAUUACUCUUGAACAAUCUAAAGAAUGUAUGAGAGGACGCAUCGUUUUAAAGUAUGCAAUAUUCAGCACUAAUGAGGAAAGUCGUUGUAAUAUAAAUGCAAUACCCUAUACUUAUGAAAUAAGUCAUAGAAACCAAAAUUUAGAGCCAAUAACAAUUGAGGAUCUUCAAUACAGUUGUAACUACACGGUUAGAGUUACAGCGUCUAGGUCUAAAGAUGAAAGUUAUAAGAGUAUAAGAGCGUAUCCAGAAAUUCCCAUUGCCAUUGAAGCAUCAACAGUUAUAGCAGGUAAAAUAGAAGACCUAAGCGUCACUUCCCAAGGACCUGAUCAGAUAUCAUUGCGAUGGCUACCUCCACGAACAUCAACUGGUCCACUAGAAUAUCGUGUUUAUGUCGGUUUGGAUAAAAAAUAUAAAUCUAUUUUAACACCCAAAAAUUGUUUACUAUGGCCGCAGUAUCAUUGCGACGAUGAAAUAAUUAAGAGCCCAGUAGAAGACGCAUCGUAUACGUAUAGAUUUAGAAUAUUUGCAAUAAAAAAAAACGGAAAGAAAGGCAGCAUUCAGAACGAAAUUGAUGAAGCCACUAAAUUUGGAAUUUAUGAAGAAGUAAUGACGGAAAGUUGGGAAAGAGAACCAGAUCCACCCUACAAUGUAAGUUUCAAUUGGACCAAUGGAUUGAACGUUUUCUGGAACCAUCCAAAUGCAACGAGAGGACUAGUUAAAUAUUUUACAAUUAGUAUUGAACUUCAAUGUGAUAAUAUUGGAUCAGAAACCAUCACAGAAAUAUAUAAUGUUGAAAAUCGUAAAAAAUAUCUAUUUCAAUAUCUUAGGAAUAUUGAUAUAAAGAAAUGGUGUAGAGAAACUAGUAGCAAAUUAGAACAAAUAGAGGUCUGCAUUAAAACGAAUCUUCAAAAACACGAAUCGAAAUGUGCAAAGACAGAUACAAUCUUUCCUCCUCCACCAAUUGAGUACAACGGGGACAUAAGGUUUGUUAAUGGGGGAUUGAAAAUCCCUAUGCUAAAGCAAGACUGUUUUCUCUCGUUUUAUAACGUGUACAAAGCAUCAGUUUUUCAACAAAACGAAGCGCAAGCAGAAUUACUUAAAAUAAUGGAACAUCUCAAGAAUAACACUAGUUUCUCUCCUUCCAUUUAUGAAAUAAUUUAUGCUGGAAAUAGAUAUAAUGGUGAUUAUACUAUCACUAGAAACCUAUUAAAUUUAACUAUUGAUGUAAAAUACAUAAUAAUAACCCUAGUAGUUGUAAAUGAACUGAAUGGCCUCAGAACAUUAAACUACAAAUCAGUUGAAGUAUUGAUUCCGAAAAUUAAUAAUGAAGCUAGUCAUCUUAGCGCUUUGUUUAUUCUACUAGUAUUUCUUCCUGUUUUUUGCUACUUUGCUUAUAGGUACAGGCGUCAAAUUAUGUUUAAAACUGGUAGACUUCGUGAAGACGUAGCAGUAUAUUUCGCAAAUGGAGAAACUGAAUGUACUUUAUUGAGAGGAGAUUCAACUAUACAUGAAUCCCAAAAAAAUAGUUAUGACAGGUCACUAGGAGAUCAACUGUUUUUGAAUUAUUCUAAAAUAAUCAACGUUGAGAAUCUUCGAGACUAUAUUAAAUCAGCAAUCGGAAGUCAGGAACUAUUAAGGCAACAUGAAAUGAUCUCCAGAAUAAAUAAUAUUCCGAAAUCGGAUUGUGGAAGUUUGCCUCAGAAUAAGGAUAAGAAUCGCUACGAUAAUAUAGUCGCAUACGAUCACACCCGCGUAAGACUUUCAAACUCAUCAAGGGAUUCUGACUACAUUAACGCAAAUUAUAUUGAUGGUUAUCAAUAUCCCAAAGCCUACAUCGCUGCCCAAGGCCCGAAACCAAACACUAUUAAUGAUUUCUGGAUUAUGAUUUGGGAAAAUCGCGUUGGAUACAUUGUGAUGCUUUGCAAUUUGUAUGACGGCAAUAAAAAAAACUGCGAGCAGUAUUGGCCAGACAAAGACACAAUGGAAUUCAAUGGACUGACGGUUGAAUUUAUUAAUAAUAAAAAUUUGCCAACUUUUGAUGAAAGACAGUUUCGUAUUUGCUUGAAUGGCAAAGCUAGAAUGGUAACACAUAUACAAUUCAAGUCGUGGCCACCAGUGGGUCAAGCAUUAUUCCCUCAAACCUUAAUGCCGUUACUACAAAAACUUCUGGCCCUUCCCAACAAAGCAAACUCGCCAAUUUUAGUACAUUGCAGUGCGGGUGUCGGCCGAACUGGCACAAUUAUCUUGUGCGACAUUUGCUUGAGAAUGGCCGCCGCCAAGAGUAAGGUCGAUAUCCUUGCCAUUUUGGCACGACUCAGAAACCAACGACCAAAUAUGGUCAACAAUAUUGAACAGUAUAAGCUGGCGCAUUUGGCAAUACUUACUUCACUAACUGCAUCAGGUUUUCUUAUAAAGCACAACGGUGAUUUUGAAGCUAAAUUAAAUAACACUUUGAAGCAAAACGAGUUACAAACUCAGAUGGCGUAUAUACGAGAUAGUGAAUGGCAAGAUGAUGCAAUGAAAACAGUGACCGCUGUACAAAGACACGUUCCCAUUAUAGCUGAAAAAAAUCGAUUUCCAGAUAUCUUAGCAGACAAAGUAAGUCAAGUGUUCCUCCAACAAUUACCAAACCAGGAUUCUUCUUCUUGCUACAUUAACGCUCUCCAUGUUAAUAGUCUUUACAAGCCAAACCGAUAUAUAGUCACUCAACAGCCUCUUCCGGCAACACUUGCUGAUUUUUGGAGACUGGUAUUCGAACAGCAAUGCACCGUUAUUAUUAAUUUGAAUCCAGUCAAUGAAAACGCUAAGGCAAGCGUUCCUUUUUGGCCUAAACAAGGCAUACUAGCCGUUGACCAAAAUUUACAUAUUCAACUGGUCCAGUCCAGGAACCAGAGAGAGAUAUCUUUGCAUUCGUUGAGGGCGAUUUACAAGCCAAAUGAAUUCGAGCAAAGCAGAUUGAAGGUGCAGAUAUUAAAUUUCAAUCACUGGCCCAGUGACAAUUUAAUCCCGGAAAAUCUUGAAGAUUUUGUCUCUUUUGUCGUUGAAUUUUUUUCAAUUGUCGAUAAUGAUAUUGAGCCCCUAAUUGUGACUUGCCACGAUGGAGCUACUGCAAGUGGAUUUUUUAUAGCCCUGGCUACACUUAUCGAGCAAAUAAAAACCGAAAAAUGUUUCGACCUCUGUCAAAUUAUAAGGACAAUAAGAGUGUGUAGAAAGCAGUUCGUCAACAAUGGGAUUCAAUUAAAAAUGUUAUACCACGCUGCUAAAAUAUACCUCAACCAGUUCGGCCUCUAUGAUGAGCCGGUACAUCUUAUAGAAGCUCAAUGAAUAUAGCAUUGAAAU